UAUGUUUGACAACAAGUUCUACGUGGAUUUUUGGGAAGAUCUUUUGCCAGCUUAAAUCGUCCAACAAUGACUAAAUUCCAAUAUCUGAAUGUGUAUCUAACUGAGCGUCUCAUGCAAGCUGCUGAGGAGAUACUAAGAGUUGUCGCAGACACGAUCUCCGAGUACCAGGAAGAAAUAUCCCGGACAAAGAGAGAAAACCAAUACCUUAAACGACACUUGAUCACACCGGUCCUACCGCCGGCGCCUCAGUCCAUUCUCUCUUGGGUCUCAGAGCCGCAAACUCCCCCUGAACAACAGCACUGUGACCAGGAGUGGAGGCUCAGUCUGGGCCAGGAGGACGCAGAGCCCACACAGAUUAAAGAGGAACAUGGUGAACUCGGGACCAGUCAAGAGGAAGAGCAGCAUCAAGUACCGGAGUCUGAUACCAAAGAAGACUCCAUAUUUACUCCUCCCUGUGUGAAAAAUUAUAAGGACCGACCUCAGCCUUCACAUCUUUCCAGAACCAAAACUGUGGAGAACCGUGUGAGGGAGUCUCUACUGACCAACACAACUGGACAGAUCAAAACAGAACCUGAUGGCUAUGGAGUAUCACUAUCAGAACCAACCAGUGACUCCCCUCAGUCUCAGCCCGUCUCUGAAGUAAGUCCAGACUCUUCUAGAACACAAAGUCAGAACACUGAGAACACGGAAAGUGUUCCUAUUGUUCUGAGAGAUCUAGAAAGGAGACCAGAGGAGGAUACACAGACACACUCAUGUACUCAGUGUGGAGCCGUGUUCUGUGAGCUAUCCCAACUGGAGGCACACAUGCCAUCCCACACAGUACCAGACAGUGGUGACACUAGUCACAGGCAAAUCAUGUGCACAGUCUGUUGGAAGUCAUUCACCUCUACCAGUUACCUCAAGGUCCACCAGCGUUCUCACACUAAGGAAAAGCCCUUUCAUUGUGGUGUGUGUGGCAAGAGCUUCAGCUACUCAGGGAAGUUCAGGGAACACCAGCGGAUUCACACAGGAGAGAGACCUUACCGCUGCUACGUGUGUGGUAAACGCUUCAACCAGUCAGCCCACCUGAAGGCCCACCUGAGGGUACACACGGGGGAGAAACCCUACUCCUGUCCUGUCUGUGGGAAAGGAUUCAGUCAGUCCAGCCAGAUCAAGAGACACCUCAGAACUCACAUCCAAGGGAGGUAGAAUAAUGAUAACUUGGAGUGGAAAGAGUCCAUGAGUGGAUAAACCGUAACCUCGCAAGCUGCC